AUGGACAUCAGUUUUCCGCAUCAAAUGUAUAUCAACGGUAAAUUUGUGGACAGUGUAUCGGGUCGUACCUACCAAACCAUUGAUCCAUCAAACGAGAAGCCGAUUUGUUCGGUACCAAAGGCAAAUGCUCAAGAUAUUGAUAUGGCCGUAAAAGCGGCUCAGGCUGCAUUCGAGGAUGGCGAAUGGGGUCGUAUGUCGGCACGAGAUCGUGGCAAAUUACUGUAUAGAUUAGCCGACUUAAUGGAGGAACACAAAGAAGAGUUGGCCACAAUAGAGUCAAUUGACAGCGGUGCGGUUUAUACACUGGCACUUAAAACUCAUGUUGGUAUGAGUAUUGACGUUUGGCGAUAUUUUGCUGGAUGGACCGAUAAAAUUGAGGUAACGUCUCGGCUGAGUCACGGUUUUGCGGUUUAA